AUGAAGGUGAAAAAGCCAAAAGGAAGAAGAGGCAAAGAAGUUUGCUAUGAAAGAAUCGGCUGCUUUUCAGAUAAACCACCAUGGUCUGGAAUAGCAGGGAGACUUCUGCCAGGUUUGCCUGACCCUCCAGAAGGUGUGAACAUCACCUUCUCCCUCUACACCAAAGAAAUUAGAAAUAGAUUUCAGAUUCUCUCUGCAAUAUAUCCUUCAACCAUCACAAACUCGAAUUUCUCCUCCCGUAGAAGAACCCGCUUCAUUGUACAUGGAUUCAAAAGCAACGCAAAGAAUACCUGGGUGGUACACAUGUGCAUGCUCUUAAUACAAGUGGAAGAUGUGAACUGUAUUGCUGUGGACUGGGAAGAUGGUGCAAAAGACACGUAUAUCAGAGCAGUGAACAACAUCCGUGUUACUGGGGCUGAAAUUGCUUAUUUCAUAAAUACUCUCAAGAAAAUGCAUAGAUACCCCGCUUCAAAAGUCCACAUCAUUGGCCAUAGUCUCGGUGCACAUGCCGCAGGAGAAGCAGGAAGAAGGAUAAAAGGCAUCAAAAGAAUAACAGGCUUGGACCCUGCUGGAAUGUUUUUUGAAGGAGCCCCUCCUGAAGUUCGACUGGACCCUUCAGAUGCAUUAUUUGUCGAUGUGAUUCAUAGUAAUGCUGCCCUUUCUCCUGUUGUAGGUUUUGGGAUGUAUCAAGCCACAGGAGACCUUGACUUUUACCCAAACGGAGGACAUUCAAUGCCUGGAUGUGUUAAUCAGGAAGACGUGGAUUCUGAAUCUUUUGUUGACGAGACGUUCAACGUUAUUUGGUGCCAUCAUUCACGCAGCCAUGAGUUUUAUUUAGAAAGUAUCCUGCACCCUGAUGGAUUCCUUGGUUAUCCCUGUAUGACAUAUGACUCCUUCCAGUCGGGAGCCUGCUUCCCAUGCCCCAGGAAAGGCUGCCCAAUGAUGGGUCACUACGCUGAUCGGUUUCCAUAUAAACUGAAGACAAGAAACCAAAUUUUUUUUUUAAAUACAGGAGGCUUCCCACCCUUUAUUAGUUGGAGACAGAAGGUCUCUCUCAAACUGUCUGGAACAAGGAGCGUGAUGGGGGAAAUAAACAUGGUUUUUCAUGGCACCGAGGGGAACACCCAGCAGUACCAAAUUGACAGGGGGGUCCUCUGUCAAUACAACAUUUAUACAAAGUACAUCGAUUUGGAAAUGAAUCCCAGAGAAAUUACAAAAGUUGAAUUUCUCUGGAGGCAGACUCCAUUUACUUCGUUCUGGGCCGAACUGGGAGCAGAAAUAGUCAGCAUAGUCAAUGGAAAAGAGGGACACACGUGA